ACCGUCGUAGAAUACCUAAGCGAAAUCAUGUCCGGACGAGGCAAAGGAGGUAAAGUGAAGGGAAAGGCGAAGAGCCGCUCCAACCGUGCUGGUCUUCAAUUCCCUGUGGGACGUAUUCAUCGUCUCCUCCGUAAAGGAAAUUAUGCUGAGCGUGUGGGUGCCGGUGCCCCUGUGUAUUUGGCUGCUGUCAUGGAAUACUUGGCGGCUGAGGUCUUAGAGUUGGCAGGCAAUGCUGCCCGUGACAACAAGAAGACCCGCAUCAUCCCCCGUCACUUGCAAUUGGCCAUCCGUAAUGACGAAGAGUUGAACAAGCUCUUGUCCGGUGUGACCAUUGCCCAAGGUGGUGUGCUUCCCAACAUCCAAGCCGUGCUUCUCCCCAAGAAGACCGAAAAGAAGGCUUAAUACCUGACAACUGGUUUUCAUUGAUAUCCGGCCCUUUUCAGGGCCAA